AUGGACAGUGCAGGACCUCUGACGCAUGUACCAAUAUUGCAAACGAGUUCUACUUGUUAUCUGUGCUUAGGAUAAGUGCAAGAUAAUGCAUCUUGGGUGUAAAAACCCAAGGGCAGAGUACAGAAUAUUUGAUAACAGUCCUAACCUCAACAUCUGAGGAAAGGGAUUUAGGGGUGAUUAUUUCUGAUGACUUAAAGGUAGGCAGACAAUGUAAUAGAGCAGCAGGAAAUGCUAGCAGAAUGCUUGGUUGUAUAGGGAGAGGUAUUAGCAGUAGAAAGAGGGAAGUGCUCAUGCCAUUGUACAGAACACUGGUGAGAUCUCACUUGGAGUAUUGUACACAGUACUGGAGACCGUAUCUCCAGAAGGAUAUUGAUGCUUUAGAGAGAGUUCAGAGAAGGGCUACUAAACUUGUGUCAACUUGUGUAAACUUGUGUCAUAUUGAGCUAAUUCACUGGAUGCCUCUGCAAAAGACCAAUAUAAGAUGCUGUUGUGUAAAUGUGGAGAAGUUAAGGAAUCAUAAAAUCCUAUAAACGUUUGUGACUGCCUUGUGAUCCAAAAGUAACAUCAUCUAUACUGCCAACAAGGCUGUUCAUCUAUAUUACCACAAUAUAGUACUAAUAUAGGGGAGUGCGGCAAAGGCCCACUCCCUCCCUCCACGUAGGCUGACAGAACACUACACUACUGGUCGAUUGUUUUAUAAAAGUCGGCUGCUAUGAGAAGCAGUAAUCUGAUGUAAAAUUAAAUAUGAAAAAGUACUACAAUCCUAUUUCUACCAGCUGCAGAGUUCUGGAAAUAAAAAGCCGCAUAUCUGAGGCUUCAGCCCCCCUAAACCCACCUUAGCAGCACUGAUCAAAUUACUAAAUAUAUUUGGAUAAGUAAAAAUAAUAUUAACAUUAGUGACGAGUGACCGUUUUGCUUUAAAUGCUACAGUAUACAUUGUGCUUAUGUAUUAGAAUAAUCCUCAAAUAAACCUAAUACAACUUAGUAACUACGAUAUGAUCUGGAAAACAUAUAUUGCUGAAGAUUUGGAGGACCUUCAGAAGAAUAUGGUUAUAGAGUUUGUCUGUUAUUAGCUCAAACUGCUAUGUCUGAGAAUCACCCACAAACAACUCGAUGACCUCGAAAACACUGAUUAAUCUGCUUGUUUACUGGAUAAAAAAACCACACCUGGCAUAAAGUUUAUUUUCUCUCACAGCUUGGUUGGACAUUAUAUAAAACGUUUCUACUGCAAAGUGCUUAAAACAUCAACUAAAAAGAUUGUGGACUCUUAUUGUACCUCUAUCUCUAGCCAUCUGGUAGAGAGGAAUACAACAGGUAAGUCAAUAUUCUCAUGAAAUUUGGUUUAACAUAGGUGUGCUCAGCGUUUUUAUGUUUGUUGUUUUUUUAAAUAGCAUUUUAUUUCAGAAUCCAUUCGAUAACAUAUCAUAUAAAUGAGCAUACAAUAUAGCGGCAUUAGAUAAUACGCUGGCAUGAUCAGACAAUACUAGAAUCGGUAUAGAUUAUACUUGAAAAUAUCAUCUGUACAUGUUAGGCAACUUUCCAUAAACGUCAAUUUUAUGUAUACAUAAAAAUAAAUGUAUUAAUUAACAAAACAUUCUAUUUCUACGUUCAUAGCAAAUUAAUCCAUGGGGGGGAGAUUCGUCAAAGCAAAAACAUGUGCUAGUCUGGGACAAAGUGCUAAAUAUGGAGCAAUUACCAUAGGAACCAAUAGAUUGGGGACAUUUAUCAAAGUGUUUCAUUCUAAAAAGUGAUCUAAUUUAUUAAAAGUUGGAUAAUAUCCAUGCAAACCUAAGAAACCAGCAGGCACAUUCUGUUGGUGACUCUUUCCAUUUUACAUUUUUGGAGCCACUUUUUAGAACAGAAUAUUAUGAUAAAUUGUCCCUAAUGUGUCUAAACAGCACGUUGCAUCCAAGGUAGCCCUUGUUUUGCCCUGAUAGAUCUCCCCAGAGAUAUAUGUAGCCUAUUAAAAACAUUUGACGGUUAUGAAGCAUUCUGUUUUCUGGGUUAUAUUUAUAUAUUUUUAAUUUUCUUAAUGUGAAUACCGACAGUAUAUACGUUACAUAGAUCUGUCUCCACUUCACGUCCUAGAUUGUGUGUUUUACAUCUCUUUCCUAUAGUCUCUGGAUUUUGUAGACACUAUUGCUUCUACUAUCUACGAGAAGCUAAUAAAUCUGAGAUAAAUGUCCCUUUUCUUGGUAAUUAUAUUUAAAGAAUCAUUGGAAUGGAGAUGGCUUAUGGCAGCUUGGAGAAAGAAAGUGAGGGGUCAUCAAGCGACCAACUUUUGGGUUGAACUUUUGGAGAAGGGUUUAAUUUCUGAAGUUAUGAUGGUGCCCAGACACCGCUACCCAUGUAACAACUUUAAUUACCUGAAUUUGUUGUGGGAUUACGAGUGUUCCUUUAAUGAAAGAUAAAAAUGUCAACCCCAGACCAGCUUAUCUUAAUGAAAACCCAAUAUGAUAAUUAUCUCAACCCAGAAUCUCAUUGCAUUUAGCUUUCAGAGGACAAUUCUGUUUAGACUGUGGAAGUCCAAAUCCUAUGUUUGCAAGUCAACAUGUUGCUAGCCCACUAUGGUUGUGAUCUGGGUAUUUCAAUGUCAUCACCAAAACUAAAAAUGACGUAAACUAGUUAGGAUUGUAAAAAAAAUACAAAAUAAAUACAAAAUAAAUCAUUAUAAUUAAUAAAAUCUGAAGUCUAUAUAAUUAUUUCACUUUGUACAGUACAGUAUGUGUCAGUUCUAUAUAGUGCCAAAUAAUCUAGCAUAAACUGGCUUAACCUCUUACAAUCCAAAAAGACAAAACUCAACAUUGUUCCAUUGCAUGACAUUGGAUACUGGAGCUUUAGAGUUAGAGUUUCAGAACAUAACAAAAUAUGUAUCAAGAGCACAGUUCACUGACUGCGAAUAGCUAUGAGUGAACGGGCCAAACGUAGAGUCAAUUGGGUGGAUUUAUAGACAUAUAGCAUCGGAGGUUAAUGACGAGUUUCUGUAUAUCGGACAAGAUUGGUAAAUGUUGCUGCAGGUAUUCAAGCCUUAUUUGGAUUUGCCUUGAUUAAUGUCUAUGAAAUAGAUAAAGUCUCACUACAUUCUUAAUGUUUCUUUGCUAAGACAAACCUAUGUAUUCAACUGCAGCACUCGUUAUAAGCAAUGAUAGUGUUGUAGUUCAGCUUUUGGGAAAAACUGACAUUAACUUCUCUCCUUCCAUAUAUUUGAGAGUCAUGAAGUUCCUGAUUCUACUGGCUAUCGCUGUAUGUUCCCUGCAAGGUGGCCUUGCAUUUAAAAUUGCUGCUUUCAAUAUUGAGAGGUUCGACAGUCCUAAAGUGGAGGAUACCACUGUUCUGAAUCUUCUCAUUCAGGUAAGCACAUCACCAAAGUUAUUUAAAAUGUGGUUGUAACAGUAAUAAUUGUAUAUUAAUAUUAUGUCAUUGGCCAAUAAGGCCACCAAACAUUUCAUGGACCAUGGUCUAGGACAGGGGUCAGCAUCCUAUGGCACACGUGCCAUGCAUGGCACUUAAGGAUCUGGCCUAGCAGGAGUCCCAGUGGGACUUCAGAUAUCUGCUAGUGCAAACUGAGCAGUGAUUGCAGAUGGUGAGAGACAAUCCUCAAUUUACGUAUUACAGCACUUAGAGGAAUUAUCUCAGAUCACUUCCUCCCAGCACUUAUGAACGGGAAUCUGCACUGGAGUAAUGCAGCCCACAGCAGCUAUUGUAGCUCCUGCACUUGACCUGUACCUGGCCAGCUCGUUCCCCACUGGACCCCAGGGAAGCCACCCACACUGCUAGAUAUUCACAAAGCUGCAGAAUAAGCCUCCUCUCAUACAAAUAAUAAAAAUAGCGCACACACAAACACACACACAACCCCACAAGCAGCUUCUCGCAUGCAAUACCACAAACAGCCCUACACAUUUACAAACCACCAAACACACAAUGUUACAUAUUAUCCACAAGCACACACAACUCCACAAGUCGUCUCUGCUGUCUCCACCCACCCUGGACCCAAGGCCAGGAUCCAGCUUCCAGUGGGUGAACCUCUCUUUCCCCAGAGAGCAGGAACAAGCUCUUAGCAGAACUUAGUGAUCAUACCCUGGGGAGUAUAGUGAUUAUAGCAAUCCCCAGAGUGUAUUUCUCCAAUCCCCCAAACAUGAGCCAAGGCUUAAUGCUGGAACAAGACUGAUUUACUGGCACACAGAACUCACAAUUUAUGCAACACAAAACUCCUCCUCUGGGCCAGGCUAGAUCACUGAGUUUCUACAAUACACAAAGUUCAAUUAUCUGCUGGCCAGAAAUAAUACAGUUUCAUAAAACACACAGGGACCCCAAAACAUGCAAUAACCCCAUAAAAAGUAUAUCCUUGGAACCGGGGGAUCUGGGUGAACCACAUAUCCAAAAUUCACCCAGAUCCGUUCAGUACUUUGGAAGAUACAGUUUAAUGCAGAUUCUGCAGAACAUAUACAGGCUAAAUGAAAAACAAUCACUGUAUAAUGUGUCCCCUGCUGUAUAGUCCAAAACCACUGCAUGAUGUCUCUGUGCACCAAAUACUGGCAAGAUGGCACCGUGUUGAAAAGUCCAAACAGUAUCUGUGAGUUAAAAUGGCCGCCAUCCAUUGUUCUCACCAUGUGCUUCUGAUACAGGAAAUGGUGGCCACCCAGUAAUUCCACAGUAUGUCCCCAGAUGGCUCUUAAAGGGCCAGCAGCAGCACAACACAAAUCCAUUAUGCCCAAAUCAUGUCUUUAAAGGGCAAUACAAACCAGGGGCCAUAGUCACAGGGCAAGAGGCGGGCAAGCAGUCCUCUCCAGGCACAAGUGGCGAAGGGCACUUCGCCACAGUAGGUAUUUUACAAACAAAAAUCAUGUCCUAACAGAACAGGAAAAAUAUGGAAGCAUUAAGUCUGAGUAAUUUUGCACCAUUUACCAGCAUGGAGAUCAUAUUAUAUUUGAAAGGAAACUGGCCUUCAAUUAUUCCAGAAUUCCAUAUAUCUGUAAACGUAUAUUUCUUAGCGUGAUAAUCCUCUUGUCCUUUAGUCGCUGCACUAUAUCCAUUUUGAAUAAUUCGUAUUUAUAAUGCCACAUUCUACUAAAUGGAUUUUAUUAUAUUUACCAAAGAACAGUAUGUAUUCAUAUAAAAGUACAUAAAGAAAACCAGAUUUCAUUUACCAGCGCGCAAGAAGAUUUUUAAUUCUUAUUUCAAGAUAUCUUCGUUCUGAAUGCAAACUGCGAACACAUUUUAGAACUCAGGGCUCAAUUAAUAUAAAUGCUUUUUAUAUACUCAUUGCUAGAUGAUUGAUAUGAAUGUAAAAGUUAUAUGUUGUGACUGUCUUGCUCUUUACAGUAACAUUUUAAACUAUCCUGGUAAUUACGCUGAUGGUAGGGAUAGAAUAUGAUAACUUAAAGCUAUGUUAUGAUUGUCUGUUUGGUGUUUUGAGCCAAUCGUGAUACAGUUACAUUCUAAAUCACAGUCAUUUCAAUACAGUGAUGUAAAUAUUCUAAUUUCAGCAUCCCGUCUGCUAUAAAAUGGAAGGAUUUUUUUUUUUAACAGACACACUUAACACACUUAAAUAUCAUCCAAAAGGUGUUUUUCAACGUUUUAAAACUUUACAAAAAAAUUAUAACAAUUCUAAUGCGUCUGUUCCUAUUCUAAUACAGAUACUGAGAAGAUAUGAACUCAUUGCAGUCCAAGAAGUAAUGAAUUCAAAUGAUUCAGCUAUUAAGAGGCUUGUACAGGAACUUAAUCUGUAAGUACUCAUAUUUUUACAAGCAUCGACUGAGAAAUUGAGUGGAAACACAUCAUGCUUGACUUUGGGACUGUGUUUUUGGCACCAUACCUGGGCUUUCGGGUGAGGUGAAAUUAAUUUACUCUGGAUGGGAGAAUGCACCCCUUAAACUCUACUUGUGCACUUUAUUUCAAAAUUGCAAUUUGUCCCAAUUUGUUGCUGUUUACCCAAACGAAACAAAUCUAAAUUUAUUUUUUCCUCAUAGCUAAAAUCUUCCAUUCCCUUUAUUAAUUUUGUAGUCAGCCUUUGCCUUUUUUCUAGUGGCAAAAUAUCCUUCCUUUAGAAGAGGUGCCCAAAAAUGCAUGGCAUAGUCAAGGUACGGUAUAACUGUUGAUUUAGAAAGACCCAAAAUUAUAUUUUCAUCCUGAGAUUUAUUGUCCUUUUUUAUGUAUAACAAUAACGUAUUGUCCAUAGCACCUGCUGAUUGACAUUGCAUAUUAUUUCCCAUUUUGUUGUCUCUAACAAUUCCCAAAUCCUUCUUAUUUGUUGAAUCUGGCUUUGCCGAUAGAAACAUUUCCAGAGGAGUAGAAAUUAUCAAACUAACUCCACAUCUGUAAGGUACAACAAAGAAUGGAUGAGCACUUAUUAAAGUGGGGUCUGUAUUCCUAAAAAGAGGGAUUCAGCCAUUUUAGUGGGUGUGGCUAGAGGUGUCACCAUGGCAGCGAUCUUGGAGGCCAUUUUAUGGGGCUUCUUGGCCUACUGAUAACCAUUUAUGUAACUGGAAAUACAACGUAGAUUAAGCAUCUUAUUUAUACAAACUAAUUACUAAACACAUCUAUUGUUUAAAGACACAUCACUGGGAUAUUCAAUAAAUAUGAUUCUCUGCUAUAAACUCGUUGUAUCGCUAAAACCUAAACCUCCCAGAAUAAGGGGACAUUAGGAUAGAGAUAAGUGACAGGGGGAUAUAUGUCUAAUGGCAGGGACUCUCUUCCCAAAAUAUAUGGGAGGUGUGCCUUAGUGACUAUAGCAAAUAUUUUUAUUGUUAUUUAUAUUUAUCUAAUUGUUAUAUUUAUUUAUGUGCAGAGCAACUGGCUUACCAUACAACUUGCUGAUAUCUGACCAUCUGGGUCGAGGUUCCUACCGUGAGAAAUAUGUCUAUAUAUACAGGUAGGUUAAACAGCUAGAUAUCGCAUUAGGAUUUGCACAUCCACUCAAACAUAUUAACAACAAUAUUCCGUAUGCACAGGCCUACUGUGUCAGUGGGGAACUCAGAAACUGAUUACUGACGGUUGACGGUGUAACUGGGCUCUUUCUAGUUGAAAAUAUUGUACUUUCAACUUUGUGGGAAAAAAAAGUUACAUUUUUUUAUCCUUUACUCAAUAUUGUUCUGACUGAGUUUUUUUUUUUAUGUGGUACUGUUAAUCUGCAGAGUGUGGAAUUAUUAGAGUGUUAUUUAUUUAUCAGAGAGACAUAUUCAAUACUGCCAUUAGAGUUAAAGGGACACUAUAGUCCCCAAAAUAACUUUAGCUCAAUGAAGCAGUUUUAGUGUAUAUAUCAUGCCUGUGAAGUUUCGUUGCUCAGUUCUCUACCAUUUAGUCGUUAAAUCACUUUUGUUUCUAAACAAAAGAUCUGAAGCUGCCAAGAUAAAGCAACAGACUUUGUGAGAGGGAAUAAAAACAGUGUAGUGGAUACGCUCUAACUGGAAAAGUAGGAUUUCACCAAGUCCUAUAAAAGUUAAAAAGAAUUAAGAACACCCUAAGGUGUAGAUAUCCAGGAGAUAAGAAGUAGAUAGAUCUAAUACUGAUAUGGAGGAAAUGAAAUAAAUAUAACCUCAAUUAUACAGUCUUAAAAACAAAAUCAUAAAAUACAAUUCAGACUAGUUUAACCCCUUAAGGACCAAACCUCUGGAAUAAAAGGGAAUCAUGACAUGUCACACAUGUUAUGUGUCCUUAAGUGGUUAAGUGAGUUCUGGGAGCUUGGAGCACCUGGUACUGGCCCAGUCCAGCAGUUUGACAGAUGUAUGAAUCUUACAUGAUCCAGCUUGUAUCAGCUUUUUUGUAUCAGCAAUAAUACACCAUACACCAGAUGGUGCGUUUACGGUGAUCUUGGUUAAUUCCUCUCUAUUCUAUUUCCCUGUAGGGAGGACAUUUUAAAGCCAACAGAGUGGUAUCACUAUGAUGACGGGUGCGAAAACUGUGGCACAGAUUCGUUUCUACGGGAGCCAUUUGUGGCCCGGUUCACUUCUUUAACUACUGGUAAAUCGGAAAGUUCAGGGGUGUCCUGAUAUUGGGAGUUAUGUGGUUAAUCAUUAUCUACCUAGUAUUUAAAGAAACACUUCGAGUACCAUAACCACUACAGCAUGCUUGGAGUGCCCUACCCACCCCCAAUAUAAGUAGGCAUGCUGUUUGCUAACUGAAGAUCUAAAGGCCAUUCCCAGUAUAUGGAUUGCAAAUAUGUAUGUCCCUUUCUCAUAAUAAGAAUCUAUAAGAUCUCAGACCUACAGUCUAUUUCACUAUUAUUCUAUAUUUUCUUUUGCAACUUUUAUUCUCUUAUGCUAUUUGUUGUUGUUAUGCAUGCUGCUUUUUUUCUCGUAGGUAUACAAUAUCAUUGUUAUAUAUUUGCAAAUCCUUUCAGUUCAUGUGUGCUUUGGUUUUUAACACAUAUUUUAUUCCAUUUUAAUCUAAUUGAUCAUUGCUAAGAAUGAUGUAUUUUAUGGUUUAGGUCUGAUGACAUCAUAAGAGCCCCCGAGACCAAACAUCAAGUGGUUUGUUAAUGUUUCCAAAACACAGACAUUGCAUUUUUCCUCCUAAUACAUGAUUUUAAAUUAUACAUCUUUUAUAAUACCUGACACGCUGUGGAAAAUGAGGGACAUCAUGAAUUUAAUACUAUUAAAGUUAUUUAUUAAUAAAGUUGUGCAUGAAGUCACUUUCAACGUGUAAAGAGUUGUCAUGUUUAACCACUUACAAGUGUUGUAUCUGAUUCUGUUAUUCUGAUUUCUCCUGUAGAGUUAAAAGACUUUGUCUUGGCGACGAUUCACACAAGCCCAGAUUACGCCAUGCUAGAGGUAGAUGCUCUGUACGAUGUGUGGGAAGACGCCAAGCAACGACUGCGUACAGAGGUUCCUAAUUUAUUUAUAAUAUCCUUAAUUUAUAGACUUUAACAUCCCCCCAUUCCACACUUUACAACUGCAUGGGGCAUGAAUGACAGUAACACACAGACUAUUAUUCAAAAACGAGAGGUAGAGCCACAAUGUUAUAAAUAAUUUGUUGUGUUCCAUAAAUCAAACCUAAACUUAAUUAUACACCCAGUUUCAACUAUAAUAAAUACACCUCUUUAAUACUGGGAAGACCCACUUUUGCACUCAGAAUGUCCUGAAAUAUAUGGGCCAUGUAUUCAACAAGGUAAUACGGUAUUUUUAGUCUUUCCUUGGAGACUCUGAUCUGUAUUGACAUUAUAACAUUACGCAGUUGCUACAGAUUUUUUAUUUAUAACACGUCAUAUUUAAUUUCAAAGAAUGAUACAAAUCGAAGCUUGUCUUUCUUUAACAAACCGUUUUGGGAUAUGUACAGUUAACUAUGUGCAGUCAAAAGGCAUGGUGUACUUUAAAAUAUCAACAUGCAAUUUCUGAUCUGCAUCUUCUUCUAUCGGAAGGUCCAAGUUAUAGUUGUUUUCUUUAUUAAUUCUUUAUUUUGGAGUGCAAAGGAAGUACAUACACAGUUGCUAAAGAUUUAUCAGUUGCACAUUGACAUUGUGACUCUUUCCUUCCAACACAUCUCAACAGUGAUCUACCAGACUGAGGUAUAGACUACAGGCGUAAAUGGAUACAAUGCAUGCACACAUUGAUAUGACGUAAGAUAUUUCACGUUGGACGUUGUGGUUAUCGGCUGGCGAAGCCCAUCCACUUCAAUUUUGGACAUGUUGUGUAUUCAGAAAUGCUCAUAGAACAGUUUUAUUAUGUGAUUCAGUAACUGUAGCAUUUCCUUAACCUUGAAUCUGUCUGGCUAUUCUCUUUACCGUCUGAUUUAGACAGAAAGGAGAUCCAAGGUAGAACUUACUUUUUAAACUUGGAAAUAGACAUUCUUUCUCCUUUUCAAAGUGUCAUUGACAUGUGAUUUAAAGAAACAUUGUAUUAUUUUAGUUGGCUGUCAGCUUUACACUCAUUUAAUAACAUUCAGCAUAAAAAAGAUUUGUGUUUUUCUGAACGUUUAUGUACAUAAGCAUUUAAAAUAUUUAUAUGCAUUUUUACAUACAAAAAGAUACAACUUGCAUUUUAUGAACGAAAAAUAAGCGAUAAGCAAAAAAUAAAAUAAAACAAACAAACAAAAACAAAACAACAUUUAAGAGGAUUUUCCCUGUGCAGAAUAUCCUGAUUUUGGGAGAUUUCAACUCAGACUGCAGUUAUGUGAGCUCCAGGCAUUGGCCAAUGAUCCGCCUUCGUCAGGACAAGAAUCUCCAGUGGCUGAUUGGUGAGGGGGCUGAUACCACUGUCAGCACAAACAAUAACUGUGCCUAUGACAGGUCAGUAUUGGUUAAUGCUCAAUGUGUGGGGGAACAUAACAUGGUGAACAUUACAUGGUGAACAUAACAUGAUGAAAGUGGGCAUGAGUAAUUUAAACUGUUCAUUUGUCUCAUAAAGUAAUGUAAGCUCUAUAUGACCUGAACCACCUACAGAUCAGUCUGUCCGUCUGUCCAUCCGUCUUUCUGUCUGUCUAUCCACCCACUCUAGGGUUUACUGUCAAUAUUGUAAACAUCUGACUUCGAGAUUACUGUAGUCUGUGAAAUUAUAUAACAGCGCAUUCCGUUUCUCUGAAAGGGCUAAUCUGUGAAUGCGGGAAGGAGUGUUGAAUUUUGAUACAGUUGGAUAUGGCUGUAUUCCAUACAAAUGUUUUGGACAGUGAAAUUUACACUUGUAGCAUAACUAGUAGGAAAGCCAUACUGGCUAUGAUUAGAGUGUCCCUAUAAAAGCUUUAGUUGGAUGUAAGUUUAAAGAUUUUAAAAUUUCAUGGGUGGUAUGGUGUCAAUGUAAGAAUAUGCCUGGGCCCCAAAUAUCGUUGGGGUGUGUAUGGAACAGUGUCUAAACAAAAUGUGCUACUUUUAUUUACAUACGGUCAAGGUCACAUUUUUGUACACAAAACUUUUAGACAAAAGUUCAAUAACCACGGAUUAUAUGUUUGCUGAUUGGUGCAAGUGUUGUUCUGUACCCAUCAGAUAUGUUCCCUUUCCCCCUAUAUGACAAUAUCCAUUCUGUAAAGCAAGAGGGGCAUAACAUAUGUGAGAUCCCAAGAUAGCAACUUUUCUUCCAAAAUGCAAUCAUUAUGGGCGGUAAAAUUAAAUGCCAAAUGUCACUCCAGUGUGAAUUGUUAGGAAUUUUAGUUAAAGUAAAUAGUAACAAGUACAUUUAGCAUUUUUUACCACAAUUGAUGAAUUUGAAAAUUAUCUAGGCGAGCCAUGUGUCUGUUACCCUAAAAACAUACGGUAUUGCUACAGUAAUUUGGCAGUGCCAAAUUGAGAAAGCUCCACAAAUGUGUCAAUGAAGGGUAAAUAAGAGGGUAUCUCUGGUAAACCAUUAGUAGUAAGGAAUUUGUAACAAUUUAACAGCAAUGUGGCCUUUGUUGAAGCAAAAAAUAAAUUCUCUAACAUUAGAGGUCACUGUAGUCACUAUAGUCAUUAUUCUAUCAUUCUCAAUGCUCUAGUACUGUGUUGGUGCUCCCGUUCUGUUCACUAUUCUUAUCUAUUUUGUUUUGUUUCCCUCACACUUCUUCCAGGUUUGUAGUGAGUGGAACAGGGUUGAAAAACGCAGUGAUUCCCGGCACAGCCAGGCCUUUCAACUUGCAAGUGGAAUAUGGCCUUACUUACGCUGAGGUGAGGAUACCAUCUGAAUAUGUUUUCUUGUUUUGCGUAAUUGGUUUAUCGUCCGUGCUUCGUAGUGGCUAAGCUUGCUGGUUAAGUCAAUGAAAGGGACAGGUUGCAUGUUGAUUGUGAAAGGAGUGCGUGUGGCUAGCUCCUGCUAUCAUGCAGGAGCGAUAAAAGCAGAGACACACUUCUAGACUGACUGCUUACAGUGCGAGACUGUGAGAGUGGAUAGUCCACCAGUGUUUUAGUAUUUAGUGACACACGUAAUCCUACAAACCUCUUGACUUUUAUUUCGGUUUAGUUUUUAGUUUGGGUAACAAUGUUUCAGUGAAUUUAAAAAAUAUAUAUAUAUUCAUCUUCUAAUUCCAUUGAACCAUUGAUGUUUUGUAGUGCUGCUACAUACAAUGGUAUGAGUAAAACCCGUAUCCUUUAUAUCUCAGGCAAAAGCAGCGUCUGACCAUUACCCUAUUGAGUUGGAACUCCGCAAAGAUGGUGAGUAUUGUAUGAUCGUGGUUACAAUGGAGAUUUAAUAAAAAGAUAUAAAGUGUAAAUCCUAGACUUUAAAUGUCAGUUUCCCAUAUACAUUCAGUUGCAUUCAACCCUCUUAUUGGAGUUGAUAAAUCUUGAGAGUUUUACAGUGAAUGAGGGUUGAAGAGAAAGAAAUCAAGAGCAGGAUAGAUUAAUGAAUAUUUGUAAAAGAUUUGAAAAUUAAAGACUAAAUCACAGGCUUAAAGGUUUUAGUGGCACUUCCACCAUCUGGGGACUUUGCAGAAUUUGCAAAGACCCACAAUGUUGGCCAGGGUAAGGUGAGUGGGGGGAGGGGUAGGUUGGCUAAGGAGAGUACUCAGUAACUGAACCUGUCCCCUGCGGGCGCCAGCAUCUUUAUUCGGUGGAUCUUCUUCAGGAGUGCCAGGAGCCAAUGUCACUGCAAUACUCUUGUGCAUGUAAAAGAGCACAGUGUUGAGGUCUAUGUAGGAUCCCUACUUUGUCUCAAUAUAUUUCAUAACUAAAUUUGAAUUUCAGUGAAUUUACCAUUUUAAUAAUUGUGCAAAACAUGAAAGGUGAGAGUGGUGUACAGAUUAGCAGGAUUGCAGAGGAGGGGAACUAUUGAUUAUUGAGAGAGUUAUGUUGCCAUGGAAGAACUGACAAAGAACUUAGUGAGGAUGUACCCACUCACGUGUAGAUAAAUUUCGCAGACAGUGGCUGGUGGAGCGGCAAGGUUGGACAGAGAACAUAUCCCUGUAACAUCCAUCAGUAUAACCUACACAGUAUGAGGGAACAUUCACAGAGAUCUGUGCAUGUCUAAGAGACGGUUUCCUGACACCCAUGACAGUUUGUGUUUUAUGAAUGCUAUAAACAUGGUCACAUGGUCACAUCUCACUCUGUAGUCAUUGACAAAUAACUUCAAGGGCAUCGUAUGUACUCAUUGUAGUCUGCUAUCCUGGCCAGCAUCUCAUACAACUGUCGACCAGGAAAUAUCCCAGUGGGUAAGUCAAGGUCUGGAGAUCACUGAGAGCACAAGCCACCAACCCAUGCACAAACCAGCACAGUGGUACUUGGAUUGAAUUUCUGCCUGCUGUCUGACUACUGCAGUGCUGUCCAAACAGACAUCUCAACACACCUCCUGCUAUUUUCAUGAUUUUUAUAUUCAGACAAAUAGUUUGAGGCUGCAGCCCACAACCCCUUUGCCAGCCCUCCCCUGCUAGUAGCCCAGGGCAAUUGCCCCUCUGACCCCAUGCCAGCCUACCAAUGAAUGUUGCUUGGUAAAAGAGAAUUGAAAUCAAGAAAGAUGGGAAGAAUUUAUAGUGUCCAACCCUAUGACCAUAUGCCAAGAGAUAUUGGAAGAGUUUGUUUGAAAGAGAGAACAAGCUUUUAGUAAGAAGUAGACGAGCUUUGUUGCUGGACUCAAUAAAUCUAUCCAGUCCAGUUUCAGUGCUGUAUGGGAAGAGAAUGUUCAUUACUAGCCUGUCUUACAAAAUAGAGUUUAUAUAUUGCUCAUAUAAGUUUUGAUUAAAUCAGUUUCUUUCAGCCUGACAACAGUUAGUCAGUCUCCAAACCAUCUAAAUGACACAGAAUUAACUCUUAUGAUUUAAGGUCAACUGUCACUUAGGAAUUUACAAAACUGAUUAAAACAUUGAAAUUACAUGAAACGUGUGAUAAGCUUUUUUUUUUUUUUUUUUUGCCUGAUUUUUCCAUUACUUUUUAAAAUGUAUAUUAAAAAAUCUAGUAAAUAAGUUUAUAAUCCAGUUUGGUCAAGACACAGUCAGGGAACGCAGCGCAAACAAGAGGGAGAAGUAGAAUCAUUGUCUUCAUGUCUCCUCUUCUCUGUAAGGUCUCUCUAUUCUGACUGCCAUGUGUAAAGCACAGAGCUUAUAACAAUGAUUGACAGGGAGCCAAAAUGGAGACGCCUAGUACCAGGAUAGAGAAAUGUGGGUUUUUACAUUUAAUUAAAAUUUUAACAACUCACACAUAUUUAUUUGUUAAAUAUAGGUAUAUUUAACAUUACAAUAGCUGAGAGGUAACAAUGCCCCUUUAACUGCCUAUAAAUAUUGAUUUAAUUACCUUUCCCUCUCGCAGGUUUAUACAAUGGCCAGCGUUUCGCGAUCAGUGCGAGCGUUGGGAUAAGUGGAGGUCUGUCUCUGAAUGGCGUCUGUAACUGCGUAGGAGUAGAUUUUGCAAGCUGCAAUGGACGCUGUGGAGCCUAUUCCAAGAAUUUCCCCUGUAGCUGUAAUGCUUCAUGUACUACCUAUGGCGACUGCUGUGCUAACUACUUACCUUACUGUAAACCGUAAAUCAUCUGGACUUUAAAGAGCGACAAACCAUAAUGUCCUUAUUGCACAGUGCUACAGAUCAUGCUGUCAUUUUAAAAUAUAUAAUCACUGAAAACAAUAUUUACAAACUUUCUAACUAGGCCUUGAAAUAAGCUUGCCCAGAAAAUGUACUCUAUUUUACUUCUCCGCUAAGUCUUUUAAAGUGUUUUUUUUUUUUGUCCAUUUCAAAGUGUAUAAAGCUUUAAUCAAUAAACAGAUUGGAUUAGCGUGA